GUGAUGGCUCAUCCUCUGUGUUGUGCACUCAGACUUGCCCCAUAUAUUCUCACAUUACUAAAAUGCUAUUACAUAUGACCAUAGGGUGUGGGGAACAGGGGUGGUUUGGGUUGUACCUUGGGGGCAUUGAGAGAGGUUCUUGUAGCUCCAGCAUAGCUAUUGUGCUCGAAGUGAGGGGGUUGGCGGCUUUCAUUUUCUUUGAACUGGUGUACAGUCGCUAGGUUUUUGCUGAAGUUGAGGGCCAGGGUCCUGAUAGCCCGGCCCAGGGAAGCGGCUCCCUGUAGGCUCUGCUCUUCUGAAUAAUCAUGGAGACAAGCUCUAGAACUUCAUCUCCGAUGGUCUUUAUUUGUGCUGUUUUCAAUGCCACUGCUGCUUCUAUGUGGCUUUGGAGUUCCAAGCCCAAUUGGCUUUGGGGAGACUCGGGGUUUGGGGUUGCAGGAGUAUCCUGUUCAGGCUGUGUGGGCGAACACUGGUUCUCAGGGGAAUGGCGAGGUACAUAUUGAGCUUGCACACUUGUGUGCCAAUCGAUUCCCUGUUGCCUGUUCGGCACAGGCCAGGAGAAGCCGGAUAGCUAUUCCUGCCGACUGUUCCCGAUACACAAUGAAUGCCAGUCAUGAGCGCGAAACAUCAGCAGUUCAACCUGUCAUUUUACGCCAACCAGUUCUUCCUCACUUGCGGGUCAGGGAAGGCUGAGUUGUUGUCUGUGCAUCCAGAACUCUGAUGAAAGGAGUCAAGAAUGAAGUCAAAAAGGAGGUAGUGGAUGCCGCUAUGUUAGCAGGUUGUUCAUUCGAACAAGGCAACCAAUUGUAGAAGUGUACAUAGGCAUGAACAUAGCGGUGAUAUUCAUAGAAAACGGAUCCAUCAUAGGACGCUCAGCCAGUAGGAGAUGAAGGGUUGGAGGAUGACGUGAUGAAGAUUAUGGUGGACCAUUCAAUUUGCAAGGCAAAAUUUUAUCUCAAACACCAUUUCUAUUAGCAGACCUUUUCAACAUGAGUGGGGGACCAUACUGGUGUGAAAAGACUGCAGCUUCAAGGUGAUUAUGACUGCAUUCAGCGAAAAGGGGGUGGCGCA